UUUGUGCCACUGUAUGGCUUAUUGUGGAUCUCAGCAAACUCAGUGGGGAUGCCAGGGGGAUACUGGGAUGUGAGAGGCUGGUAAGCACCUGAUGAUUUCAGUUUGCUACCCCCCACCCUCAGGAGUCAUGGUAUUGCCCUGCUACUUUAUUACCAAGGUGCAGGGGGUUUAUUAUAGGAGUGAGAGGCUGGCCAGGCAACUGCUAGGAGAUUGCUGCAUUGCAUGAGGCGGCGAUUCUAAGUUCUACAUGACUGGGCAGCUUGGCCAGCUUCCUAAUGCCUCCAUCCCCUUUAGACGACAGGGUUAUAGUGGCACUCUCCAGGCCAGUUCGACCUCAGGUUCUUAACCUUUGUUUAGACUCUUCCUAUUUUGAAAGCGCUUCCAUCAUCAACGACAGCCAUAAGUCUCUUCUCAGCACAAGCGUAGUGUGUCUCAACGCUGCUAACCUGACGUAUAUGCCCUCAUCCACCAGCUCGGCACGCUCUCUUGGUUGUGGAUGUAGCAGUGCCAGCUGUUGUACUGUAGCUUCUUAUGAAAAGGAUAGCCAAAGCCAGGCGGUGAGCAGCACGACCAUCACAAGUGGUGUUUCUGGACCAUCAGCCUCUAGCUCUGCCAACCAAAUGGUCAACAAUAAUGAGAACAGUGGUGCUUUAAGUUCAACUGGAAGCCCUGUGUCUGGUGCAACCAAGCAGUUUGCCAACAUAAAAAUCAUUUACCCCAAUGAUCUGGCCAAGAAGAUCACCAAAUGUACAAAGACGCACCUUCCAAAUCAAGGGCCUGUUAUCAUUGACUGCAGGCCUUUCAUGGAAUACAAUAAAAGCCACAUACAAGGAGCCGUGCAUAUUAAUUGUUCUGAUAAAAUCAGCCGGAGGAGGCUUCAGCAGGGAAAGAUAACUGUACUGGAUUUAAUAUCCUGCAGGGAAGGCAAGGACUCUUUCAAGAGGAUCUUCUCUAAAGAAAUUAUAGUUUAUGACGAUAACACCAAUGAACCGAGCAGGGUAAUGCCAACCCAGCCACUCCACACAGUGCUGGAGUCAUUGAAAAGAGAAGGCAAGGAACCUCUUGUUUUAAAAGGUGGGCUCAGCAGUUUUAAGCAGAACCAUGAAAGCCUCUGUGACAAUUCCCUCCAACUUCAAGAUUGUUCUGAUGGGGGAGGAGCAUCCGCUGUGUCAAUCUCUCUACCUCAGUCCAUCCCUACCACUCCCGACAUCGAGAACGCAGAGCUGACCCCGAUCUUACCCUUCCUUUUCCUUGGAAAUGAGCACGAUGCCCAGGACUUGGAAAAAAUGCAAAGACUGAACAUAAGUUAUAUUGUCAAUGUCACCACUCACAUCCCAUUGUACCAUUAUGACAAAGGGAUCUUUAAUUACAAGCGUCUUCCUGCCACCGACAGCAACAAGCAAAAUCUCAGGCAGUACUUUGAAGAGGCGUUUGAGUUUAUUGAGGAAGCCCACCAGUGUGGAAAAGCUCUUCUCAUCCAUUGCCAAGCAGGUGUCUCCCGUUCGGCCACCAUCGUGAUCGCUUACCUGAUGAAGCACACGCGAAUGACAAUGACCGAUGCCUACAAGUUUGUUAAAGGAAAGCGACCAAUCAUUUCUCCAAAUCUAAACUUUAUGGGGCAAUUACUGGAAUUUGAGGAAGACCUGAAUAAUGGAAUUACACCUCGAAUCCUCACGCCAAAGCUUGUUGGGGUGGAGACUGUGGUUUAGGUAAACACACAUAUAUAUAUAUAUACGGUAUAUAUGCAGUCAAUGUUUCAACAUUUUUUAAAUGAGAAGCGGAUUAUAUAGAAGCGGUUUAAUAUGUUAAGUGAAAGAAGGUGGAUGAAGAAGAACCUUUUCUAAAAAAGCUGUUUGAGGUACAGCAAGAAGAACUUUAUAUUCUUGGAUUGCUUUCUUCUCUCAGAAGAGAAUGUUUGGGCUAGCAACUGCCCUCGAGGUUUUAAUAAAGCAAAUUAUUCUAAGGAAAGCAAAGCCAAUGUUAUAUUAAGAAGUCUGUGCAGGUUCAUGGACUGUGGAAAGCUAUGCUACAAAAGACUCAGUGGCAAGCGUACAAGCACGGGCCUGUAAUACAACAUAAAACCACCGCAAUGGAAAGGAGAACUUUCAUGUCUGACCUUACCAGUAAUAUAUUCAUAUAAUAUGAAACAAUAUGGAAACUGUUUAUCUUGGGUGUGCUCUGUUAUACUUUUUCUUGGGGGGGGGGGGAGGGCUUGAUAAGAAAUUCAUCAGCAAGGAAGUUGACCAUUACUUGCCACUCAGUGGCUUAUUGUGCAAUAAUUUUCUUUCUGAGUGUGAGAUUUGUUAGCGCGGUUUGGAUGAUUGUGGAAAAUAAUGUGCAUACCACCAAGGAUAUAAGGUACAAGCAAUUAUUAUUUCUUUGUUUUGUUUUAAAAUUUAAACUGGUUAUGGUGCCAUAAACCUUGUUAAAUAUGUAUAUCAGAAUGUACAAAAAAAAGUUUUAUUUUAACGAAUUUUUGCACAAAAACAUAGGUGUGUUCCUGUUAUCUGUGUAAAAUGUCUUUUUCGACUAUAAAACUGUUUUAAAAAAAAAAGUUAUUUUGCUAAUAUC